CGGUGGAGAAUGGGCACUCGCCGUGGCACUGGGGUCGCAGGUUACUCCCACCAUCCCGCCGUUGCCCCAUUCGGAAGUGCUGAGAGCAAUUUCCGGGAGGGACAGGGAUUUCUGGAGUCCUAAACUCUUGUCCACCUCGGCAUUCCAGCACUGAUUGACCAGUGCUGCUCUACCAGUUGGAAUGAGUUACCAGAAAUGGGCAUAGUGCUUUCAGGUCCAGCAUGUAGCAGGUGGCUAUUUACUGCAUGGUGAUUACUUCUUCAAGCCAGCACCUUCUUUGGUUGGGUAGGACCUUUGUCAUUUCAUCUUUGAAUUCCAGUUACUCUUGUUGGCAAAUAAGAGGAGUUCAUGUAGUUUUUGCCCAAGCUUGAGUCACCAUGAGCAGUAGUUUAGGAAAAGAAAAAGACUCUAAAGAAAAAGACCCCAAGUUACCAUCAGCCAAGGAAAGAGAAAAGGAGGCAAAAGCCUCUGGAGGUUUUGGAAAAGAAAGCAAAGAAAAAGAACCUAAAACCAAAGGGAAAGAUGCCAAAGAUGGGAAGAAGGACUCCAGUGCUGCCCAACCAGGGGUGGCUUUUUCAGUUGACAAUACGAUCAAACGGCCAAACCCAGCACCUGGGACUAGGAAAAAAUCUAGCAAUGCGGAGGUCAUUAAAGAACUCAAUAAAUGUCGGGAAGAAAAUUCAAUGCGUUUGGACUUAUCCAAGAGGUCUAUACACAUAUUGCCAUCAUCAAUCAAAGAGUUGACUCAAUUAACAGAACUUUAUUUAUAUAGUAACAAAUUGCAGUCCCUCCCAGCAGAAGUGGGUUGCCUAGUAAAUCUCAUGACACUGGCUCUGAGUGAAAAUUCACUUACAAGUUUGCCUGACUCUCUUGAUAACUUGAAGAAGCUGAGAAUGCUUGAUUUACGGCAUAAUAAACUAAGAGAAAUUCCUUCAGUGGUAUAUAGACUAGACUCUCUUACCACGCUUUACCUUCGCUUUAAUCGUAUAACUACUGUGGAAAAGGACAUCAAAAACCUGUCAAAAUUAAUCAUGCUUAGCAUUCGAGAGAACAAAAUCAAACAACUACCUGCUGAAAUUGGUGAAUUAUGUAACCUCAUUACGCUGGAUGUAGCUCACAAUCAACUUGAACACCUUCCAAAGGAGAUUGGAAACUGUACACAGAUAACCAACCUUGACUUGCAGCACAAUGAAUUGCUAGAUCUUCCAGACACUAUAGGAAACUUGUCCAGUUUAAGUCGUCUUGGUCUGAGAUAUAACAGACUGUCAGCCAUACCCAGAUCACUGGCAAAAUGCAGUGCACUUGAAGAAUUAAAUUUAGAGAAUAACAAUAUUUCUACUUUACCAGAGAGUCUUUUGUCAAGUCUUGUGAAACUGAAUAGUUUGACCUUGGCUAGAAAUUGCUUCCAGUUGUAUCCAGUAGGUGGUCCAUCUCAGUUUUCCACAAUCUAUUCCCUCAACAUGGAACACAAUCGAAUCAAUAAAAUACCAUUUGGAAUUUUCUCUAGAGCAAAAGUAUUAAGCAAACUCAAUAUGAAGGACAAUCAGUUGACAUCACUUCCAUUGGACUUUGGAACUUGGACUAGUAUGGUAGAAUUGAAUUUAGCCACCAAUCAGCUCACAAAGAUCCCUGAGGAUGUGUCUGGCCUGGUUUCUCUUGAGGUUCUAAUAUUAUCAAACAAUCUUUUAAAGAAGCUUCCCCAUGGUCUUGGGAACCUUAGGAAGUUAAGAGAAUUGGAUCUAGAGGAAAACAAAUUGGAGUCCUUGCCAAAUGAAAUUGCAUAUCUUAAGGAUUUACAGAAAUUAGUCCUGACAAACAACCAGUUGACCACUCUUCCCAGAGGCAUUGGUCACCUUACCAAUCUCACACAUCUUGGCCUUGGAGAGAACCUACUUACUCAUCUCCCUGAGGAAAUUGGUACACUGGAGAACUUAGAAGAACUAUAUUUGAAUGACAACCCCAACCUUCACAGCCUUCCCUUUGAGUUGGCUCUUUGCAGCAAGCUUUCAAUCAUGAGUAUUGAGAACUGUCCACUCAGUCACCUGCCACCUCAGAUUGUUGCUGGGGGCCCUUCUUUCAUCAUUCAGUUCCUAAAGAUGCAGGGUCCGUAUCGUGCCAUGGUCUGAUAGAAGACUGCUGGUCCCACACACUGUUAAAAUGUCUCAUAUCUAUAUCUGUAUCUAUUUAUGUAGAUAUUGAUAUAUUUGGCAGGUUUAUAAAGACUGCAUUGUGUGUUUAUUCUAAUAGAGGAAUCAUAGCCAUUUAGACUUUUUUUUAAAAUUCUGUACAAAAGGCUUAUAUAAGUUUUCUUUGCUGAACUUGAUGGAUGAAUUUUUUGUUGUUGUUGUGUAAUAUUAUAUGCCAGUUUGCUUAAACAUUUGCCAACAAAUUAUGAAGUUACUACAUUUAAGGGAUGAUGUAGUAUAGUUAAACUAGAUAAACUUUCUCUUAGCAAAAAUAAUGGGCAAAUAAAUAAUUUUGUUGCAACUUUUCAUAUACAUUGUACCCUUUCCAAUUGCCAGAUCUUUAUAGUAUUAUACACCCUGAAAGUAGAAUUUUUCUUUAAUUUAUUUUGAAAUUUGAGAUUUAAAUUUUGUAUAUUGUUUACAGUCAGAGUAAAUCACUGGAUUUUUUUUUUUUGAUUUGCUCUGUUUUAAUCAGUUAAAUGUAGAGUUUAUAUCCUCUGCUAACAAAUUCAAUUCAGCUGGUUUAAGUGUUAAAAAGAUAUUUGCUUGUUGAAGCAACUGGGAAAGUGAUAGUAAAAAAUUCUAAAAUUUCUUAAAUUGUAUUUCUCUGAUCAGUUGUGAAGCAGAAUAUCUGAAAUGAGUCUUUGGAUUGUGAGGAGGAUAUUGAGACCUUUUUUUAGUACAAAUAUCUUUUCUCAAGUGUAGGGUGACAGAAAGUUAUAGUGUAAAUGAAUUUUCAUUCCUUAAAGUUGCAGAUCCAUAAAGACAAUAAAAAUCACAUAAACACACACAUUCUAUAUAUGUAUAUACAAUGCUAUAUAGAUAUGUAUUUAUUAUAUCAUAAACUACAAUAGGUAACUUUAAGGAUUUCUCCUUAUCCUUGUACAAUGAAAUGAAUGUUUUUCUUUGAACACUGCAAUAUAUGUAUGUUUCAAGGUUAUUUAACAGUGUACUAUGGUUUUAUAUCUUGACUUGCCUUGUACAUCUUUCAAUUAUGAGAUAUUUGUGUCUAAGCACAAUAUCUUCACACUGUGCUAUAUUGCUGCUGAACUAAAUGCACUUUUCCCCACAACUGGGGCACUGGCUUCAAACAAUUCAGUUCAGUACCAUCAGUUUUAAUCUCAUCUUUUCUUUCUUGGUAGUUGCUAAUAGUUAUGGAGAAGAGGCACAUUGCAUAGAAACCAUUGAUAGAUCAGUGGAAAUUCUGUAAAAUGUGCAUGUGCUAUUUUAUAUAUUUUCUUUUGCUUUACUGCUUUUAAGGCUAGCAGUAUUGUAAAUGUGUGCCCCUUUUACUCUUGUAGUGUCAAUCUAAGUUGAUUUAACUAUUGAAGAGACUCACAAAGGAAAUUCUAGAUCUCAUCCUAAAAAAUAAUUUCCAAUAUAAUGAUUACCUGUUAUAUAUAAUUAUGUAUCACUGUCUUCUUUUUUUCUUCACGUAGAUGGUCAUUGCAUUUUAAAUAAAACCAUCUUUUAAUUAAGCCUAUACUAGUAAGAUAGAAAUUUGGGAUGCUGUUUUGCAUUUCCUGACACACAAAUUCAGGACCAAGUUUGAGGUCAAACCCAUAUGUAUAAUUGGUAAUUUUUAAAGGAACAACUAAGAAAUUGAUGGCAGGUGAAGAUAUAAAACCCUAGGAUGCUUAAAUGUGCUGUAAAACUAUUGUAGAUGUCACUGGAUUUUACCUAGUAAUAUCCUUUUUUUUUUUUUCAUCUACUGUGGCUUUUCAGUUAAAAUUUUGUUUAUAAAAGAAAUUUGUUUAUCAUAGCUCUA